AUGGGGGUGGUGAAUAUAUCAGAGGUCGUGGACUUCGUAUUACUUGGUUUCCCGGUAUCUCAAAAGCUAAAGAUACUCAUCUUUACCUUUAUUCUGGCAUCAUACUGCAUCAUCUUGGUGGCCAACAUAGUCAUUGUUACUGUAGUCAAAAAAUUCCCCCAUCUCUAUGUUCCAAUGUAUAUAUUUAUUUCCAACUUCUCACUGAUGGAAAUUUGCUGUACUACCAUCAUCAUCCCUAAAAUGUUGACUGACUUAGUAAAUACCAAGGAGAGCAUCUCAUUCAACGGGUGCCUGAUUCAGUUUUAUUUCAUCUUAUUCUCUGGUGCCAUGGAAAAUAUUCUUCUUGCCAUGAUGGGCUAUGACCGCUACUUGGCUAUAUGUCACCCUUUGCACUAUUCAUCCAUAAUGACUCAUACUGUAUGUUAUCGGAUGGCUGCAGGGUCAUGGAUCACUAGUUUUCUUAUGCCAAUUAUGCCCACAAUUGCAGUCUCAAAGUUAAGCUUUUGUGAUAACAGAAAAAUCGACCACUUUUUCUGUGAUUUUGGUGCCUUGGUGAAAUUAUCCUGCUCCACAACUGCAAUCGCAGCAAAAAUUUUCUUCGGCCAAGCCUGGAUUUUAAUUCUAAGCUGUUCUAGUGUUACAUUCAUUUCAUAUAUUUACAUCAUAUAUACAGUCUUAAAGAUACCAACCCAUAGUGGUCGCAAGAAGGCUUUUUCCACCUGUGUGUCCCACCUCACAGUAGUAGGUAUUUUCUAUGGUACACUAUUUUUUAUGUAUGUAAGGCCGUCUGAAUCAAAUACAACGCAUCUGGACAAGGGAAUAUCAGUUUUCUAUACUGUGGUGGCUCCACUGCUAAAUCCAAUCAUUUAUAGUCUACGUAAUGCAAACAUUAAAACAGCUCUAAACACUAUGCUACAGAAACAAUGGGGUGUGAAACGAACAGUAUAA